CCGGGGCCGCCUCAUUCCCCAUCCUCAGAUCACCGCCUCUCCUCACGCUAGCGCGACGCCGCCGCCGCCCGAGCAGCCCCGGCCAUGGCCCUGUAGCCGCGAACCCGCCCUGCUCCCCGGCCCGUUUCUGCGCUCACCGCGCCUGCGCUUUCCGCUCCCGCUUCUCUCUUCAGCAGAGGCCGCCGCCGCCUCUCCUUCCCGCCGCCAUGGAAUCCUCCACUUUCGCCUUGCUGCCUGUCUCCACCCAUCUGAGCAUCCUCUCCAGCCUCCUCCCAGCUGUUGGUGCUGUGUCCUCCCUUGCCAUCGGUGCUCGGUGCCCGUGCUGCAGCCAUGUCACUCCUGGCGACCCUGGGGCUGGAGCUGGACAGGGCCCUGCUCCCAGCUAGCGGGCUGGGCUGGCUCGUGGACUAUGGGAAACUCCCCCUGGCCCCUGCCCCCCUGGGCCCCUAUGAGGUCCUCGGGGGAGCCCUGGAGGGUGGGAUUCCAGGGGGGGGAGAGCCCCUGGCAGGUGACGGCUUCUCUGACUGGAUGACUGAGCGGGUUGACUUUACAGCCCUCCUUCCUCUGGAGCCUCCAUUGCCCCCAGGUGCCCUUGCCCCCCCCUCCCCACCCCCACCUGACCUGGAAGCCAUGGCCACCCUCCUCAAGAAGGAGCUGGAGCAGAUGGAAGACUUCUUCCUUGAUGUCCCACUCCUCCCGCCACCUUCUCCACCCCCACCCCCACCCCCAGCACCCUCCCUCCCCCUCCCUAUACCCACCUUUGACCUCCCCCAGCCCCCUGCCCUGGAUACCCUCGACUUGCUGGCCAUCUACUGCCGCAGCGAGGCCGGGCAGGGGGAUGCGGGGUUGACAUCCCUGUCCCUACCCCAGCAGCCCCCUCCCCCUCCCCCCACUCGCCCAGCCCCCUACCCUAACCCUGCCACCGCCCGAGGGGACCGCAAGCAAAAGAAGAGAGACCAGAACAAGUCAGCAGCUCUGAGGUACCGCCAGAGGAAGCGGGCAGAGGGCGAGGCCCUGGAGGGCGAGUGCCAGGGGCUGGAGGCCCGGAACCGGGAGCUGAGGGAGAGGGCUGAGUCAGUGGAGCGGGAGAUCCAGUAUGUCAAGGAUCUGCUUAUUGAAGUGUACAAGGCUCGGAGCCAGAGGACCCGCCACAGCUAGAUGGGCUCAGGGCGGGGGGUGGGGAGGGCUCCCUCCGUCAUCCCCCUGCCUCCGGCUGCGUUCCCCCCCUCUCUCUGCUGGGGUCCUUGCCUCAUCUCUUGCCCAUUUCUGAAUUCGGUCCCCUCGUCCCUCCUCAGCAUCCCAGCAUACUUGGCCUUAGUCAUCUACCUCCUCAAGUAAGACCCGAGAAACUGAGGCCCGCAGGGAAGUCACAAGCAAGCCGAGCUGGGAAAUGUGGUCUCUUGAAUUUUUAAGCAGCAGUUUCUUGCAAGUGGUCCUUGGUGGGGGUGAUGUGUGUUGGGACAGAACCGGGACAGGGCCAGGCAGUUCGCCAGGGUUACUGUGAGGGCUUUAAGAAAGGGACCGUAGGAUGUAAGCAAAACUCCAAGCCGAGUGACCUUGGGGAGCUACACUGGGUGGGGGCCAGAGGUGGCCACUUCCACAGAGCAGGUGGAUAUACAGGCAGACGGGGAGGAAGGGGCAGGGUGGGGGCGGCCAUAGUUGGUGACUGGGUGUUCAUUUUAGCUCUGGGAGGAAAUC